GAUUGUCUUGGGAUUGGGCUAUUUGCAGAAAUUCAAAGUCAAAAUCAGUCCUAAAAGAAACCAACGGCGAACUCUAUUCUUCUUUCUCGCUCGAUCUCCGCUUCUUUGCUUCACUCUCUCUCUCUCUCUCUGACCAUGGACGCUCUUGUUGCUCAGCUGCAGAUGCAAUAUCGUAACUACACCGCUUCUCUCUACCAACAGGGCUUUCUGGAUGAUCAGUUUACUGAGUUAAAAAAGCUUCAAGAUGAUGCUAGUCCUGAUUUUGUGGCCGAGGUUCUCUCCCUUUUCUUUGAAGAUUGUGUCAAGCUUAUCGGUAACAUGGCUCGAGCUUUGGACCAGACAGGAACUGUAGAUUUUAGUCAGGUUGGUGCGAGCGUGCAUCAAUUGAAGGGUAGUAGCUCAAGUGUUGGUGCCAAGAGGGUGAAAGGCUUGUGUGUUACCUUCAAGGAAUACUGUGAGGCCAAUAACUACGAAGGGUGUGUGAGGUGUCUGCAGCAGAUUGAUAUCGAGUACAAGGCCUUAAAGACAAAGCUUCAAGAUAUGUUCAAUCUUGAGAAACAAAUCGUUCAAGCUGGUGGUAAAGUUCCUCAAGUGGAUAAUUAACUAAAAGACUAGUCCAGAAGAACAAGAUGUUGAUGAUGAUGAUGACUCAAAUUUGCAUUCUUCAAUUCCUCAUUUUAAUUUAUUUUGUUUGCUCGGAAGAAACUCAACAGAAUGUGUGGGAAAAAAGAAGAAGAGAGAUGAUUCUUGUUGAUAAAUAA